GUAGCACACACACACACGAUUGGGAUGUGCAGUGUGUCACUAAGUCCUUGUAAAAUCGGCCUUGGACACUAGGAAUGGAGGAAACUGUUUAUUGGAUAGUGAAAAGAAAGAAGAUCCUUCUUGAUUGCUGUAGUACUCUUAAACAAGAGAGCAAUGGAAUCUCUUCAGAGGGUAAGACAAAAGAUGCCUGCUACUAGCUUGCCCUUCCAUCAAAAUGGUGGAUAAAGGCAUUCUCGUGUGAACGAUUGCUCCAGCUUCGGCGGUUAUUUGCCAGCCUGAAAUUGAUCAUCUUCCACGUACUGCUUUGAUUGAUGUUGGAGGUGGAUAGAAGGUAUCUUCCUUUACCUAGUUUUGUUUAAGUCAAGGAUCUUCUAUCUUGGCUGAAAUGUGAAGUCCUCAAAAGGAAUAUCUUGUUGCAAUUUUUUUUUAUAUUGGAGUACAUUUCAAGUCACCAGAGAGGGCCAAUAAGAGUAUGAGAAGAACCAGAACUAGUUUGCUAGACUCUGAAGUGGAGAUUUUUAAGCCUGUCACUGGUCUGAAAUGGAAAUAGCUACACCUUAGGUAACCCUGCCUUCCAACUACUUCAGCAAACCAGUGGAAAGAAAGGGUGAGGAGAGACUUGAACGAUCAGCUUCCAAAAUGACUGAAUGGUUCAGAACAAGGCAAUCAGCCCGCUGCGUGAAUCUGUUUUACUCAACGAAUCCAAACUUCUUCAUUAAAUUGCUGACCCUUCUCCUAUUAUAUAAACAUGUUUAUUCCCACUGCAAGAUUUCGCGCUGUAAUUCUGAAUUUAUAGAUGCCACAGCAAACUUGCAUGGUCUUGAAAGGAACACUGCCUACUGUAAUGCCUUGAGCUCCUACUCUAGCUGCACCCGGAGGACAGCCCUCACUUGCCGUGGGGACCUGGCAUAUCAUGCAGCUGUUUAUGUCAUUGAAGAUCUCAUAAUUCAGAACAACUGUUCCAAGGAAGAGCCAACAGCAUUGCCAAGACCUCCAGCACUGGCACCCAACAAACAUGAUUUUCCAUCCAUAGAUACCUGUGACUAUGAGAAGAGUUUUAUCCGUAAACAUGGCCGUCCCCCCACAUACCACUACUGUGCUGUCUUUGGAAAACUUCAUGUCCGGACUUUCAGUGACGAAUUCUACACUUGCCAAGCUGAAGGCUCCUGGCCACUUCUGGACAACAAUAAUUUAUUUGUGCAGACCACUAAUUAUCCUAUUGUUAAAGGAUCAAACAUCACUGGGAUUGGCAAGCUUACCAUCAUAUUUAAGAACAUGAAAGAGUGCAUUGAGGAGAAAGUCUACCAAGCAGAAAUGGACAACCUGCCAGUAGCAUUCACAGAUGGUUCAGUGAAUGGUGGUGAGAAGCCUGGAGGGAAUAGCUUAACCAUUCAUGAACGUAUACCUGGACAGUACAUAACAAUCGAAGCAACGUACAUUGGUACCACCAUUGCUGUGCGCCAGGUAGGGAAGCACCUGAUCUUCUCCAUCCGGACAGCUAAGGAGGUAGCAUUCUCCUUCACAGAUGAACAGGACCUCCAGCUGUGUGUGUCAGGAUGCUUUUUCAGCCAGCGCAUGUCUAUAUAUGAGUACUGUCAUCCAAAAGGUAGCCUCACCAGAAAGAAAGCCAAUCUGCUAUGUAAGGAGAAGCUACCAGUUGAAGACUUCUACUUCCAGUCAUGCGUCUUUGAUGUGAUGACUUCAGGAGAUGUUAACUUUACUCAAGCAGCACAGAGGGCAUUGGAAGAUGCCAGAGUACUCCAUCCAGAUACCAAGAAAAUUCACAUUUUCCACACCGAUAGGACUUCUCAUCCUUGCAGCUCAUCCUUCCUUCUCUUAAUCUUUACAGUGGUACAACAGUAUAUUUGAAAGUUUCAGUGUUGACUAGCAUAUUUUGUAAGUCCAGGGUUGAUUUCUCAAUAUGGCUUUCUAAGUGCUGAUAGAUGAGCUACCCCAGCCUGUCUUGUAACCAGAGUUAGGUGUCCCCUCCAAGUUUUUGUGUGGAAAGGGGUGUUUGCUGAGAGUUCCUUUUCACCUGUCUUUCCUUACUACUUUCCCAAACUUAACCUGGCAAAGUAGGCAUGAUGGAAGAGAAUCAACAAGGAAAACUGUCUGACAUUGACCUUGUGAAUAUCCAGUAUAAACCUCAUUCUUAAGACCUGGAACAUUCCUGGAAGUUAGGAAUAUUUCUCACUUCUGUUAUGAAUAGGAUUUGUAGUUUUUAAUGCCUCUUAGUGCAAUUAAUCAAUAGGGCCUUGUACUAUUAUUCCCACAUAACCUAGUGACAGUUGUGAGCUGGAACUCUUUCCCUGAAUUUGAGUAUAUCCUUAGUUAAGAUCUUAAAUUACUGAUGACCAGUAAGAUGAAGGAAAUACUUUGGGAUUAAUUUGGGCACUCAGCUGCUUUUAAGUUUUUUUUUUUAAGCUUUAAUGGAAACUUGAGAGAGAUGACAACUAGUGCUAAAUAUUCUUUGGCACCUUAAAAUAUCUGGGCAGUGCACUGAAUGUUGUAAGCCAUCUUUUCGCCUUAGCAUUCUGUUUGCUGACCAUCUUUUCUGGUUUAUUUAAUCUCUUCUGAAAACUGGAAAUCUACAGCUAUCUACCAGAAAUAACACUGAGACUGCAUUGCCUCUUUCAUUAAGUUUUAGUUUGCAAAGUCAGUGUUUCUAGAAAACAACUUUGCUCUAAGUGUCUGUAAUGAUUUGUUUAUAACAGAAAGGAAAGUGGGAACUCCUCAAAAAAUGUAAAGGCUAUUCAGAUGCAAUCACUAUAAAUGCCUGAACUAUAAAUGCAGUCAGAAAAACAAUUUUUCUCUUUUACCCAAUACUUGUUUUUCUUUUUCAGACAAACUGCUGUUGUUUCUUCCCCUUGACAGCUCAGAAUGUAGAAUCUACGGAGUGAAAUUUGAACAGCAGCUCCGAAUAUAUACUUAAAUUAGGUUGGUUCUAUUAUUAAAGUCAGAGACCAGAUAGCAGUUUAAGAGCAUUGGAUGCGGAUUGAAAUGGGGUUUGCUUCCUAAUUGCUUUGUGUUUCUAAUACCUGUGAGCAAAGUGGCAGUGCAGAUUUUUACAUCAACUCUUUUGUGCUAGCAUUCACAUAUACAUAAGCUAAAGUAAAAGGACUGUCAUAUAAGAUCUGUACUGGUUUCCUUUUCAGAGCUCUGGUGUCCUUAUCUGAUGAACUUAAUCAAGAACAUAUCUUAAGCAUUAUAGUUUGUGGAUGCAAUCAAUUACAUGUUCUAUUGUUCAAAUCCCACAGGUUUCAAUAUAAUUUAUAUGGGUUGAGUAUCUGUCAAAAACCUGCCUUAAGCCUGCAGAAUGUUUACUCCAAAUCAGUCCUCAGAAUGUUGGUGAGGUGUUUAUACAGAAGUGUGAUGACUCAAACUAACAUACUCUGGUUGGAAAAAUGAUUCAGUGGUAUAAAUGAAAACAGUUUAAUAAAGUUAAGCAUGUUUUAGUUAUAUUGCUUAGCAGUUAUUCUUUUCCAUAAAGGGAAAACUGUACAUCCAUUGCACAGAAUUCACUAGGGCUUGCAAUGGCUUAGUACUGGUAAUCAGAAAAUGAUUGUUUUUCAGCAGAAAUUUAAUAGAGUUACCCUGUUAUUGAACUGGCAAAAACUUGCAAUAUUGGGAUAUUAUUUGAUUUUCAUACUGCUGCACUCACGUAAC